AUGAAAACCGAGCCAACACCUGCACGGGACUCUCUGAACAACACCAUUUGGGAGGAGUACGUUGACGUUGCAUUUCUUAUGGCAAACUGUAUUGUUUUACUGAUCACAUGUUGUGGGGGAAUAGCAGCGAAUCUUUUCGUCGCAUGGGCAGUAUACCACCAGAAAUCCCUGCAAACUUGGAAAAACGCACUUCUGGUGAAUCUUGCAGUCAUUGAUAUACUUCGUUGUGCAAUUGACUGUCCUCUCCUCCUCACCAUCCUUAUCGCUGUGCAUCAGAAAGGACAUGCGGAUAAAGCAAUCUGUUACGCACAGGUGGCCUCGUCCUCUUUUAGCUACUGCAUUCAGCUGCUAACUUUGGCAUGUAUAAGUGCUGAGCGAUACCAGGCCAUUGCACACCCCUUCAAAACAAGCCAAAGGCAAAGACGGAUUGUCAUACUGAUCCCUGUAACAUGGUCUCUGGCUAUUUUAGUGGCCGUUCUUUGCCUCAUAUUUGUGAAGGACUCACCUGUGUAUGUGAAAUGCCAGGGAUCGCAGGAAAUGGUACCUUCUUUUGACACUUUUGGACUUUACCUAUUGGUUCCACUAUGGACAACUUGCUUUGCUGUCAUCACGGGAUUCUACGCUAGCAUAUUUGCAUUAGUAAGAGUACACAGUCGCAAAAUAUUUGACAAAGGUAUCUCUCAUUUUCCAAGAAAAGACCAAACAAAGAGCGGAGAUGAACCAAGCAAAGUAACCAUCAUCGAUAAAGAAAAUGCAAACCCGUCAGACCAAACCCGAACCCAGGAAGAAAUAGUGGCUCAGGUGGAAAAGACAACACCUCAGCUGGACUCAGCCAAUAAAGACUGUUUGGCUUCCCUACCAGACUCUGUCGAAGAGCCAGAAAACUGCACAGACAGGUCAGACAAUAAAAAAGAGCUUACAGUUUCAGAGAAAACGGCUGAGUUGCCAUGCAGAGUGCAGCAGCCCCAGCCUUCUGCGAGACACGUUGGACCGAGUCCAUCUAAUGAGGAUACUAAGGCUCUUCUGAAGGGCCAGAUAACAGAACUGCAAAAUAAACCUAUCUCGAGAGAUAUGGGCAAAAACAGUGAGCCCAAAGCUACUGUGCAGAUUGCUAAGAUUCACUCUGAAACCGAACCACCCAGGGCCAAGGUCACGCAAGCUAAGCCAAAACCAUCCAGCGAAGAUAAAGUGGCCCGUGUUGCAAGCUCGACAAAGGCAACAAGAGGAGUUAUGAGGGGCUUGGAAGGUAAACUCGAGUAUAAAAUCACCAUGCAGUAUGCUACGAGACCUUCUGAAACAGAACGAGCUGGUCCCCACGUCGUGUCCGUUCAACAGUCUAGCAGCCCAGAAGCCCCCUCAGUUGUGACUGUAGACUUGGAACAAGACAUGAAAAACAAUGGAGAGGAGACACAAGACGCUGCAUCACCUCAAGCUGCAAAUCGUGUCCCCGCAACGACAACAACUGCAGAAAAAAAACAAGAGGUCGAUGGUGCCGUUUGCCUCAUGCCAUCUUUUGCCAAUAAAGAAAGAGCCAAUAAGCAAAAGGAAAGCAAAAUAGCAAAGCGUUCAGGCUACAUAAUUCUCACCUUUCUCCUAUUCUGGCUACCACUGAUUACAACUAUCCUGAUCAACAUUUACAUGCCGCAACACAGCAGUUCACGGGUGAGAAUCGUUCAACAUAUGGAAAUCCUGUCCGUCUCCGUCGCCUGCAUGACGUCCCUUAGUGACCCCAUUAUAUACGCAGUGGUAAACCCACAGUUUCAGGCUGAGUUUCACAGGCUCAGAAAAAAGAUGAUAUCUCGGUGGAAUAAAAGCUGA